CCCCAGCCCUGGGGAGCACAUCCCCUCAAGCACUGACACAGCCUGGGGCUUCCAGCACCGGGCAUGGGCUGAUGGCACCCGCGCAGGGACCCGCCGCUGCCUGUGGAGCUUUGCUACAACAUUAACUCCUUCUCUGUGCACCCCAGAGAAACGCAGCUGGGUUUGAAUUUGCAGCAGGUGGGCCAGGGAAGGCAGGGCCUGAAGCUGGUGUGCGGGGCAGGAGCGCCCUCCCAAUCCCCAGGGCCCCGCGACGCGGCGGUGAACCCGACAAACCCUUGGCACAAAGCUUCGGCCGGCGACGGGCGGGCCAGCACCCUGGUGUGCACGUGUGCCGGCCACAUGGCCCGGUGGGCAGAGGGCCAGCGGGUCAGCGGCCCCGUGGAAGGCAAGCCGAGGUUAAUGGUGACACACCUGCAAAAACAGCCAAUCUGGGACAAACCGCAGCGCCGGCCGAGGAGGAACCUCUCGCACCUGACGGGGCAAAGGGGGGCGGGUGGCGGGGGACCGCGGUGCCACUGUUGAUCUUGGGAGCCGCACAAAGCGAGGAAGCGUAUUUAACCCCCCGCAGAGACCCUUCAGACCUCUCCUGAGCUCCCAAACCCAACAGCUGAAGAAAUAGCGGGGUGUUUGCCUUGCCUCCACCGCAGAGUAUUGCUUUCAGCUGACUCCAGGAAAGCUGCUAUGACCGAAACAACAGACUACUCCGGCAGUGGGCUAGUCCACGUUAAAAACCCACACUUGGACUCGAUGGAGGAGGACGUGCUGUAUCACUUGGACUUGGGAACAAAGACGCACAACCUGCCGGCGAUGUUUGGGGAUGUCAAGUUUGUCUGCGUUGGGGGCAGCCCCAACAGGAUGAGGGCGUUUGCCCAGUUCAUGCACAAGGAGCUGGGACUGGCAGGUGACGGGAAGGACCUGGCAGACAUCUGCGCGGGGACGGACCGAUACGCCAUGUACCGGGCUGGGCCCGUGCUCUCCAUCAGCCAUGGGAUGGGCAUCCCUUCCAUCUCCAUCAUGCUCCACGAGCUAAUCAAACUGCUCCACCAUGCAAAGUGCCGAGACGUCACUAUUAUACGCAUCGGUACUUCCGGAGGCUUAGGGGUCGAGGCCGGGUCCGUUGUAAUCACAGACAUGGCAGUGGACUCCUCCUUCCAGCCGCGGUUUGAGCAGGUGGUGCUGGAUGAUGUGGUGGUGCGGAGCACGGAGCUCGACAGGGACCUGGUGGAGGAGCUCCUCACCUGCAGCAAGGAGAUUCCUGACCUCCCCACGCUCAUCGGCCACACCAUGUGCACCUACGACUUCUAUGAAGGUCAGGGAAGAUUAGAUGGAGCAUUGUGCUCUUUUUCCAGUGAAAAAAAGUUAGAGUACUUAAAAAGAGCUUACGACGCCGGCGUGAGGAACAUUGAGAUGGAGUCCACAGCGUUCGCGGCCCUGUGCAGGCUGUGUGGCCUGAGAGCCGCCGUGGUCUGCGUGGUGCUCCUGGACCGUCUGGAGAGUGACCAGAUCCGGGCGCCGCACGAGGUGCUGCGGGAGUUCCAGCACCGGCCCCAGCGCCUGAUCGCCGCCUUCAUUCGGAAGCGCCUGGGGCUGCGCCCGCCGGCAGGGACCGGGCUGUGCCCCGCCGAGUGA